CUCUAGACCAUAGAUUCCUCCUCCACUCUAGCAAGAGAAGAUGCUGUCUAAUUUGAGGAUCCUGCUCAACAAGGCAGCUCUUAGAAAGGCUCACACUUCCAUGGUUCGAAAUUUUCGGUUUGGGCUUCCAGUCCAGAGUCAAUACAGCUGAAAGGGCCGUGACCUCCUCACCCUGAAGAACUUCACAGGAGAGGAGAUUCAGUACAUGCUAUGGCUCUCUGCAGAUCUGAAAUUCAGGAUCAAACAGAAAGGAGAAUACUUGCCUUUAUUGCAAGGGAAAUCCUUAGGGAUGAUUUUUGAGAAAAGAAGUACUCGAACAAGACUGUCCACAGAAACAGGCUUCGCUCUUCUGGGAGGACAUCCUUCUUUUCUUACCACACAAGACAUUCACUUGGGUGUGAAUGAAAGUCUCACGGACACAGCUCGUGUGUUAUCUAGCAUGACAGAUGCAGUGUUAGCUCGAGUGUAUAAACAAUCAGAUCUGGACAUCCUGGCUAAGGAAGCAACCAUCCCAAUUGUCAACGGACUGUCAGACCUGUAUCAUCCUAUCCAGAUCCUGGCUGAUUACCUUACACUCCAGGAACACUAUGGCUCUCUCAAAGGUCUCACCCUCAGCUGGAUAGGAGAUGGGAACAAUAUUCUGCACUCCAUCAUGAUGAGUGCUGCAAAAUUCGGGAUGCACCUUCAAGCAGCUACUCCAAAGGGUUAUGAGCCAGAUCCUAAUGUAGUCAGGCUAGCAGAACAGUAUGCCAAGGAGAAUGGUACCAGGUUGUCAAUGACAAAUGAUCCACUGGAAGCAGCACGUGGAGGCAAUGUAUUAAUUACAGAUACUUGGAUAAGCAUGGGACAAGAGGAUGAGAAGAAAAAGCGUCUUCAAGCUUUCCAAGGUUACCAGGUUACAAUGAAGACUGCUAAAGUGGCUGCGUCUGACUGGACAUUUUUACACUGCUUGCCUAGAAAGCCUGAAGAAGUAGAUGAUGAAGUGUUUUAUUCUCCGCGGUCAUUAGUGUUCCCAGAGGCAGAAAAUAGAAAGUGGACAAUCAUGGCUGUCAUGGUGUCCCUGCUGACAGACUACUCACCUGUGCUCCAGAAGCCAAAGUUCUGAUGCCUGUCAAGAGGAUGAAAAACCCAAAAGACAAAAAAAUCUGUUCCUUAGCAGCAGAAUAAGUCAGUUUAUGUAGAAAAGAGAAGAAUUGAAAUUGUAAACACAUCCCUAGUGCAUGAUAUAAUUAUGUAAUUGCUUUGCUAUUGUGAGAAUUGCUUAAAGCUUUUAGUUUAAGUGCUGGGCAUUUUAUUAUCCUGCUUGACUUGACUUAAGCACUCUCUUCAAUUCACAACUUCUGAAUGAUAUUUGGGUUUCAUAUUAAUUAUCAUACACAUUUCCUUCCACUAAGCAUUAAACACUAUGCUUACAAUGCAUACCAUCUAAGUCAUUAAAUGUAAUCUAUGCUUAUUACCUUAAAAAAUGAUCACUCGUGCUCAUUUCUGAAUAAACAUUUGCCAGGCA